GUGGAUGGUACCUUUUAACAUGACUUGAGAGUAUAAAAGACGUCGAUAAUGAAUGAGAUCUUUGUUGGGUCUCAGGUGUGUUUUUCUGUAUCAACUGCUUGUAGCCAAUCCUCUAUCGUUCCAGUCCUGAACCAUUUCUGUCAGGAUGUCUCAACUGAGAUGGUGGGUAGUGUCACAGCUACUCCUGCUGAUUGUCGUCUGCAGCCUGGAUCACUCUGAGGGAGCCAGAGUUUGUCCGAAGAUCGUCCCGGGGCUUGACAAGCUGAGAGUUGGCGUAGACAUCACAAAGUUGGACCUUCUUCCUUUGUUUGAUCUUGGAGACAACGGGUUUAGAAGCGCUGUGGCCGACUACACUUGUGAUCGAGGACAAACUACGAUAGUUGAUGGAGAAUCGUUUGACGUUCCCGACCAGGUAGACAGCGUGGUUAUUGAGUCAUCUGGGCAGCAGACUUCAAGUGUGACGACAAUUAAAAGCGAGAGUCAGAUUAGUCAAGCGCUUUCUAUCAGUGCUGGCAUCAGUGUCGAUACAGCGAAGGCUGGCUUUUCUUCGAGCGCGUCGUACGCAGAGAUGCAGGAAGCUAUUACAAAAUACGGCCGCACGGUGUCUCAGAUGUCUGCUGUGUACACCACGUGCUCAGCCAACCUCUCGCCUAAUCUUUUACUUGGGCAAAACCCACUGCAGACUCUGAGCAGACUUCCCUCAGACUUUACUGCUGACACCGAAGGUUACUACGAUUUCAUCAAAACGUAUGGCACUCACUACUUCAACAAGGGCAAACUAGGAGGAAUGUUCUUGUUUACGUCUGAAACAGACAUGUCGUAUUUCCAGAACAAGAAUUCUCAACAAGUAGAGGCCAAUAUCAAAGCAACAUUCGCCAGCAUCCUCUCUACUGAAACGGGAGGAUCAUCAGAUCAGAGCAAAGAAGUGAUUGAAUUUAAGGAAUCAUCAUUGAUUACUGCUAAAUUUUUUGGUGGCCAAACCAAUCUGGCUGCGGAUGGUCUGACUAAGUGGCAGCCGACCAUAGCCAAGCUCCCAUAUUUCAUGUCCGGGACACUGAGUACUAUCAGCAGUUUGAUCGCGGACACUACUAAGAGAGCAUCUAUGGAACUUGCCGUGAAGAACUACCUUCUGAAAGCGAAGGUCGCCAACCUUGACCGAUUAACCUAUAUACGUUUGAACAGCUGGACAGUUGGUCAUAAUGAGCUAAGAGACCUUUCGGCGCAACUUCAAAACCUCAAGAAGAAGACGAUAUUCAGCGACGAGGACGAAAAGCUGUUACAGUCCAUCGAGGAUCAAGUGAGCGUUCCAGCAUGGUUUUCAGACCGAACCACCUUCUGCUUUAGAUCUACUGCAGUGGGCAGCGCAGACCAGUGCAAUGGGCAAUCAACCAGUACCCUGUGCGCUGAGCCAAACCGUUACACGCAACAGUACAUGGACAAGACCUACCUCGGCGACACCGGCUGCAGGCUAGUCUGGAAGCUAUCGACAACCGAGAGUUCAGACUGGUUUAAGUCUGUCAAGGUGAAUUUCCGCUGGUAUCCAACGUGGUCCCCCUGUGCCUGUGGGCCUGUGGGCACACCCUUUACAAUCAGCGCCCCUGCCAAUUCCUGGACACAAGACUAUCUUGACGUAACCAACCCAAAAUUUGGCGAGUGCAUGUUGCAGUGGAUGAUUGAGGUGCCCCCCACCGCCACUUUGUGGGCCAAGAACCUUGAAUUCUGCAUUGACUUCACCUGCGGGAAAAAGAAACAAUGUGUUGAUGCCAACCACUGGACAGAACCCUACCUUGAUAUCUCUGCCCAUGAAGCGUGUGGAAUGAGCUGGGCCUUAAUCGCAAAAUAAGUUUUGGGUCUCUCGCAUCUAAACAAUACGACGAUGUGUAAAGUUGUGCUCGGUCUUGACUAACAAAGACAAGCUAUCCGCAUCAUUGUAGCAAUGCAUGUCAGUAGAGACCACAAUUAAAAAAAUCACCUGUAUGUCUAAAGAACGAUUUUAUCUCUUCUGUUUCACCAUUCAUAGAAUACAUUAAAGCUGAUAAGGAAAAACA